UGAUAUCUAUACCCCGUACAACGAGAAAUAAUCUAGGUUCACCAUGAAGUCGGGGGUUAAGGGUAUUAUCGUCACCGUCUGCGUGGGGGUAGGUAUGCUUAUAUUCAUUACAAUCGUAUCCAUCAUGAUGAUCCACCGACUCCCCAGUCCAGCCAACAACACCAACCACGAUGACGACGUCAACGUCAACAAGGCCAAAUUCUCAAUGGCAACCAAGGAGUCCAAACUCAAGAGACUGGAAAGAUGCGCGCCAAAGACCUCCUUCAUGGCGUGGUGGAAAGAGAGGUGCGAUCUGAUGAAGUUGUCGGGGGGUGUUGAUACUACUUUUAUCUGCUCCAUCUGUCUCGACACAAUCGAUCGGACAGAUACCAUCCACGGACUGAAAUGCAACCAUGCCUUCCAUGACAAGUGUCUCGAGCAAUGGUUUUUACGGUCGCAUUUCCAUUGUCCGCUGUGUCAUCGGCCGUUUUAUGGGGAGCCUGGAGCGAGGUGUUAUGAUACUGUUUAACGAGAGAUUUCGACAUGAUACGACACGAAUUGCUGGGAUGAUAAUGAACUCAUGACUAGGAUUUGAAUGCUGUUAUUUCUGCUACUGCUAGAACACGAUACCACGGAAUAAUUACGGUGUUUGAUA